GCAGUCAGAGGUUGUGGUUGGUGGAGUCCCGGCCGGUGAUGCUGAGUGACAGACAGGGGGGGGAGAUCCUCCACCGGAGCAGGAAGCUGCUGCUGGGACGAGAAGACAGACAGGAGGAGGAGGAGGAGGAGGAGGAGGAGGUACAAAAACAACGUCGACAUCAGCACAGGCAGCCAGCGGGGUAUCCACCAUAAUGUAGACCCAAACCAGGAGCACAGCUCACAUCUGACCGAGGAUCAGCGCACCACGCACGGCAGAGGUCGCGGUGCGGACUAACGCGUGUUACUAACGAGCUGCGUGGAGGACAUGAAGGAGCUGAAGGGCUGCGGGAUGCGGUCCUCGGUGGGCUUUCUGUCCCGCAGGGAGCUGACCGGGCAGCCGCUGAUGAAGGAGGAGUUCCAGCGGCGCAGGCUGGCCGGCUGCACCAGCCUCUACAAGAAGGACAUGCUCGGACACUUCGGCUGUGUCAACGCCAUCGAGUUCUCCAACAACGGCGGGGAGUGGCUGGUGUCCGGAGGAGAUGACCGCCGGGUGCUCCUGUGGCACAUGGAGAAGGCCAUCCACGCCCGGUCCAAGCCCGUGAAACUGAAGGGAGAGCACCUGUCCAACAUCUUCUGCCUGGCCUUCGACAGCACCAACAAAAAGGUCUUCUCUGGUGGAAACGACGAGCAGGUGAUUCUUCACGACGUGGAGAGACGGGAAACUCUGAACGUCUUCCUGCACAUCGACGCCGUGUACAGUCUGUCCGUCAGCCCGGUCAACGACAACGUGUUCGCCAGCUCGUCCGACGACGGACGCGUCCUCAUCUGGGACACCCGAGAGCCGCCCAGCGCGGAGCCGUUCUGCCUGGCCAGCUACCCGUCGGCCUUCCACAGCGUGAUGUUUAACCCCGUGGAGCCCAGGCUGAUCGCCACGGCCAACUCCAAGGAGGGAGUCGGAUUAUGGGACAUCCGCAAGCCGCGCAGCUCGUUGCUGCGUUACGGAGGCAGCAUGUCCCUGCAGAGCGCCAUGAGCGUCCGCUUCAACAGCACCGGCACCCAGCUGCUGGCCCUGCGGCGCCGCCUGCCGCCCGUCCUCUACGAGCUGCACUCGCGCCUGCCGAGCUUCCAGUUCGACAACCAGGGCUACUUCAACUCGUGCACCAUGAAGAGCUGCUGCUUCGCCGGGGACAAAGAUCAGUACAUCUUGUCUGGCUCAGAUGACUUCAACCUCUACAUGUGGAAAAUCCCGAAGGACCCAGAAGCAGGAGGCCCCGGCCGCGUGGUGAACGGGGCUUUCAUGGUGCUGAAGGGUCACCGCUCCAUCGUGAACCAGGUCCGCUUCAACCCUCACACCUACAUGAUCUGCUCCUCGGGCGUGGAGAAAGUCAUCAAGGUGUGGAGCCCCUACCAGCAGCCCGACAGUCUCGGUGACCUGGACGGCCGCGUGGAGGACAAGUCCCGCAGCCUCUACACCCACGAGGAGUACAUCAGCCUCGUGCUCAACAGCGGCAGCGGCCUGUCCCACGACUACGUCAGCCAGUCCAUCCAGGAGGACCCGCGCAUGAUGGCUUUCUUCGACUCGCUGGUGCGUCGAGAGAUCGAGGGCUGGAGCUCCGACUCUGACAGCGACCUGAGCGAGGAGGCCAUCAUGCAGCUCCACGCCCGAGGACGCCGCACCACACGGGCCACACCGCCGGCUCCCGUCGCCGUCGCGGCAGCCGCUCACCAGAGCGACUCCGACAACUCGUCCUCCUCCUCUCUGGCCGGACCCAACGCCUCAGGAGGGGAAGAGCAAGCCGGAGCGGAGGUGGAGGGUCGGCCGAGGAGACGGAGCAGGCAUCCGCAGCAUCAGUCCGGCUUCCUCGUCAACGAGGACUCAGACUCGAGUGAGUUCUGGCUCGACCCCAUGCCCCGACCUCGCUCCCCAAGCCCCAGGGACAACUCCACGCUGUCCAGCCCCACCUCCUCGCCUUCGCUUCCUGCCGGCGCCUCCAGCUCCUCCACAUCCACCUCCAGCUCCAGCAGCGACGACGAGGAGCGGCGUAGCGCGGUGAGGCGGCGCAACGUCAUGAGGCGACGGCGCAUGCACGUGGUCUCCAGAGCUGGAGAUCGUCCCGAGUCCGUGCAGGCGCUGUUCUCAGCCAUCGACUCGUGCAGUUACCCGUCGAUAUCCAUCGACGACCUGUCUUCCUCCUCGUCAGGCGUGGAACAAAACUCUCUCCAAAUCAAGCCGCACACGGGCGGCGCCAGAGAUAAAGAAGAAUGUCUGAGCCCUUCUGACUUUGUGUGUCUGAGUCCAGUAAUGUCUCCCGAGAGCCAAGAGAACGAGGAGGGGAGCGACAGGACUGAGCUGGAAAGACACAGGACUGGAGAAAGGGACGCGUCAGAGCCGCCGUUAGACAGCUCCGAUAGCGGGGAGGCUUGUAGCAGCUCGGGGGCUUUAGACAGUAACUCCCAGAGCCGGCACAGCCGAGGGGUGAACGGGCGGCACCGGACUCCGGCGCCGUACGAGAGCGAGAACCUCCCCGUCUCCUCGGAAUCAGAGGAAGAGACUGGAGACACGAGGCCGCAGAGGGAAAAAGGCCCGGCACAGAGCGCUCUGAAACGGACUCACGUGGGAUCGGAGGAAGGCGAGUCAGCCUCCUCGCCCUCGGAAAAGAAGUUAAGAACAUAGUGACACCUCUUUCUCAUCGCGGGAAAGAAAUCCUUUGUUAACAGACUUGAUUUAGGAAGUGGGUUUUUUCUACGGCUUUUUACAACUCGGCUUUUUCAUUUGGCGUCUCGUAGUCGUGUGAACUCUGAUCAGAAGACGUUGAGGGACUUUAAAAAGUUUUUUCUGAAUUCGGGACAGCGUCAUCAUUCUUCAGGUCAAACCGUGAAUGACAUUAAAAAGACGGAGAACAUGAAACACGUUAAAUAUUGUCGAUAAUCGUACUUUAAGUCGGUGUUUCUUUCUCAUGCUCUCUCUGGUUGUUGCAUUUGGAUUUGGAGCUCCUUCAGCCACAACAACAACAACAACAAAAAAAAGGUCUUACGGAGGACAAAAGCUUUGCAGCGGUUUAAUUUCUCCAGUUUUACGCUGAGCGUAAAUCUGCUUUUCAUUUUAAAGUGAUUCUCUGCAGCUCUGAAGGUUUGACUGUGCUUCCAUAGAAUCUCGACGAGCACCGUUUGUUAAAUCUGUGAAUUGAAAUGAUGCUUUCAGUGUCUCUGCAGUUGUUUUUUUGUUUUUUUUGUCUCAUUAUCCAGCCCCUGGGUAUCAUUACAAGCCGGCGCUCGCUUCUCUCUCUUUUUUUGUUUUCCUGCAAUUAAAGAAUAAUUUGUUCUCCAGUGACGAUGA